AUGUCCGAAGGUGUAAAACGAGUGCCGACACAGAGCCUGGAAUCAGCGGGUUCCUUGGGUAACGCAACUAAGGAGAAAAAAAGAGAAAAGGGCAAACAGCUCGCGCCCUCCAUACGCUUAGAGCUCUGUCUGGAUGACAAGAACGAGACGGCAUACGCUGAGUUUAACUACACUCAGCUCCUAAAAUCCGCCGAGAUGUAUAUACGUAUUUCUAGCGCGGUGGAUUUGAAGUGGGAUAUUGCGAACCGGAAAAAGAGGAGUAAGGAGAACAAAAAUACCAAUGGGCUGGACCCGUUCGAUGAUGAUGAUGAGGAGCGGAUGACCGAGAUUGCUAAAAAAUUUGAAGCUAAAUAUGGUACGAGCAAUGUAACGAAAAAGAAAAAGAAAAAAUAUGAUGAUGAUGUUGAUCUUGGAGCUGGUUAUGAUGAAAAUGAUUCGUUUAUUGAUAACACAGAUGCUUAUGAUGAAAUAGUCCCUCUUGGAGUAACAACAGCACACGGAGGUUUCUACAUCAAUUGGGGGAAGUUAGAAUUUGCUGUUAAAGAAGGAGAAGUUUCUCUGGCACGUACUCUUAAUCAUACUAAUAAUGAAUCGAGCAGCAGCGAGAGUAGUGAUGAUGACGAAGAUAGUAACAGCCCGGCGCCUAAAAGAAGAGAUAGCCGAUUAGCCAGCUCAUCUGAAGAAGAUGAUGAAGAAAUUGUUGAGCCAGCUCCCAAAAAAUCAAAAUUAGAUGAAAAUGGAGAGAAAAAAGUUAAUUAUGACAAUAUGAUUAAGAAAAAAAAGAAGUUAACCGAGGAGUCGACUGUAGAUAGUUUAAAUAAACAGAAGAAUUCUGAUGAUAAGCGAGAUCACAUGGAAGUUGAUAUUUCGUCUGAUACUAAUCAAGAGCAAAGAAAAAAAUUAUCCUGUGAUGUUAUAAAAACAAAAGAUGUUGCGAAAAAAAUUAGUAAAAAGCCAGUGGCUAAUGGUUUAGAUGAUAAUAAAAAAUUAGACAAUGGAAAAAAGUUAAUGGUUAAAGAUAGUAAUGUUGAUAAUGCUAUUGAAAGUGUCGUUAAUGAUGGCAAGGCUGAUGAUGAUGACAGUAGAGAUACCGUGGACUCGAACAAGUCACGGUCUGUUGUUGCUGGUACGUCUUCGGAGGGCGAGGACGGGGAUAAAAGCGAUUGUCGAAUGCCUGAUAAUUUACCUGAGGAUGUUAAGGAAAUAAUUAACAAACUUAAAAAACACGUCGAGAGUAAUAACAAAGAUGGAAAAAUUAAAUUUUUCGAUGCUUACGCUAAUUCUGCGAUACUCAACUUGGAUACAAAAUUGAGGCAAAUGGAUUCACCAGCAGUUAGGAAUCAGGUCUACACUAACCUCGCGCCUCUUAUGUCGUGCAGCAAAAACACUUUGAGCAAUCGGAUUAAAAAGUUGAGCCUUCAAGAAGCCGAGAAUAAAGUCCGAGAACCAAUGGAGAGGUUGAAGGCGAUAAUUGAGCAAUUAAUGCCAGCCGCUGUUUCAAAGUUUGAAGAAGAGUGUCGCAGAGUUGCUGAAGACAAGAGUUUUGAAGCUCCGGUGUCUGAUGGAGAUAGCAGUGAUGGAAAUGAAAAAGUAUCUAAGAAAUCAAAUUUCCCACGCAAGCGAUUCCCGUGGACAUCUGAAGCCAAGAAAGCGGUGUGUGACAUAGCAACAGUAUGGCGCCAAUAUUACAAGGUUCGAAAGCCAAGGAAAGAAAAUAUGGAUUCAUUUGUCUCAACAUUCAUGGAGAGUAAAAUUUUACCGCUCUGGCCCAAGGGUUGGGUAACCGUCGAAACUCUAUUAAAGUACUCUACUCCAGAAACACCUGGCAAAAGAAAACUGAAAAAAUCAAAGGAUAACGUACAAGCGAACAACGCUCAAAUAGUUACUAAUAAUUGUACCUCGAGAUUGGAAAACACACCAAGUACCAAUACAAAUAUCAAUAAUUUAAAUCAACAAGAACGUUCUAAGACACCGACAAAUUUAAAAAGUUCUAGUUCUUUAGACAAUAUAAAUUAUACGUCACCUUCUUCGCAAGCCGUUAAAUCAUCAGAAAUUACGACAUUAGCAGUAACAGCAGUACCAGCCGAGAAAAAACAAACAAACAAUACCAGUAAAUACAAAGAUAAAAUACGAGAGGGAUCAACGCCGUCUAGUCAUCUGGAUAACAGCGUACCAGCGCCAAUAGCUAAAAUAUCUGUGGUACCUACGUCUCAGUUGAUGGCACAAAAACCUAAAGCUCAUUCUGAUAAAUUUAAUCCACUUAAUUUAACUAGUAGUACUGUUUCAAUAACACCGGUUAAUGAUUACCAGAAAGCCAAUAAAUUGGAUGAAGUUAAAAAAGACGUUGUUUCGAUAACACCUUUCUCAGACACCGCUAAAGUUGGAUUUCUAGUGUCUAAUAAUUCUGGAUCUAAAUCUUUACCACUUAAACAUCGGAUACUUAAUGACAAUACUGACAAGAGGAUAGACGACCGCGAUAUUAUUGAAACUGUUGGUGUCAAUACCGCUGAUAGCAAGGAUAAAAAAUGCGAUCGUUGGAUAGAGGAUAAAUACAAAUCAUCGGGUGAUAUGAAAAAACGACGCAAGGAAAUAAUAACAAUGGAUUUACCUCAGCAGUCCUCAUCUAUAACGAAACAUGAGGUCUCAAGUAUUCUCCAGCCCAAGUUGGGGCUAUCUCAAGAGGAGAUUGAUAGGCAGAUUGAGGAAACAGAGGCUGCUACCAAUUUUCUCAGCCAGAUAAUAAACGAGGAGUCUCCGAGAUCAACAAGCGAGGGUAAGCGGAAAGAGCCCAGUUUGAUUGAUGACGGAUUGGUUUACGCGAGCACAUUUCCACCGAGUGAGCAGGAUAAAGAUGUUCAAAUGGUGAUGCGCUCGCUCAAAGAACUUCAGGAGCUGCAGGAGAACAAGUACUCGCCGAGUCAUUCACCGUUCCAAAAAUCUAAAUCUUCUCAUCAGUAUGUUGGAUUUCCUAGCGAUUAUCAUCAACAUUAUCACAAUAAAAAGGAUGAUAAAUUGAGUAAAAUAUCAAAAGAUGAACCACAUUGGUUGUCCCGUGAUUAA